AACCUGUGACCCUGGAGGAGGGACUUCCUGCAGAGCCGCAGUUGGAUGGAGGGCUUCUUCUCGGCUGACACGUAACUCAAAUUAAAGGUAUUUUUCAGAGGCCUCGUCCUGGACGCGAACCUCUCAACUUUAGCGCCAGCUUGGCUACAUCGCGUCGGCAACUUCGGAAGGAGGAAGAGGGGGAGGACGAGGCGACGGAGGAGCGCGAAGAAGCCCGAGAGUUUUGUUUUGCAUCGCAGAACUGGUGGACUUUGACUUGGAAGUGAGGCGAAGAUAGCGGCUUCCUUUUCAAGUCGAGCUGACUUGGUUAAAAUCAUGCCCGUCGAAGCUGCUGUUUACACGCAGAGCCGCGCUGUUGGGUGCGUGGAAAUGCUCGGAGAGUGAGGGGCAGGAGGGGAGGGAAGGGGAGGGGGAAGGUUGCAAAAAAAAAAAAAAAAAAAAAAAGUUGAAGUCGGGGAAGUUUCCACCAGCAGAGACGGGGCUUUCUCGCUCGGACGGCGGAGAGGGGUGCGGGUCCAACAUGGGAAACGGGGUGUGCUCCCGCAGGCAGCGGCGGAUCUUCCAGUGCCUGCUGCUGGUCACCGUGGUCUGCGGGAUGAUGUACGGGGGGCUCAUGUCCUAUGAGAUGCACAAACAGCUCAGGAGGACCGAGGCGAUGGCGCUUAAGUACCAGCAGCACCAGGAGUCCCUCUCGGCACAGCUCCAAGUGGUGUACGAGCAUCGAUCACGGUUGGAGAAGUCUCUUCAGAAGGAGAGGUUGGAGCACAAAAAGGCCAAAGAAGAUUACCUUGUUUAUAAACUUGAAGCGGAGCAAUCUCUGAACAAAGAGAAGCAGGAUGCCAACAGCAGACUCAGCUCCUUACAGGUGCAGCAUCAGAUGCUGAAGAAUCAGCAUAACGAGCUGAAGAGGCAGUACUACGAGCUGAACGAGCAGCACCAGGCGCAGGGCGAGGACCACAGCCGGACGCUGGACGAGCACAAAGAGCGCUACAGUAAACUGCAGCAAGCCAAAGAGGUGGAGAUCUCCCAACUUAAAGAGCACGUUUAUAACCUGAGAGAGGAGAAUAAACAACUCAGGAAAGCCCACCAUGAGAUUCACACCCAGCUACAGGACGCACAGCUCAAGCAUCAGGACCUUAAGAUGGCCCACGACCAGCUUGCACUGACCCUGGAGGACCACAAGAGUGCGCUGGCUGCAGCUCAGGUCCAGGUGGAUGAAUUCAAGCAGUUCAAAGAGAACCUGAACAGGCAACCAAUCCAAGUACAACCUGAUCCAAACUCUGUUGCUCAGCGGCUGCAAGCAGCCACAGUAACAGCUGUGACCCAUGUUCAUGAAUCCCAGCCGGCUGGUAAAGAGACGCGUGUUCAGGGAGACCGCUGGGACACUGAGUCAAGGUUGGAUCAUCAAGAGGAGAAGGAGACCCACGGCCGGUCUGAGGUCGUUUCCCAGCCCGGCCUGUCUGAGAGAGACGAGGAUGGAGAGGGGGAGGCAGAAAGAAAGAGGGAGCUGGCAGAGGAGGAGAUGGCUCAAGCAGGACAGCCUCAGAAGCUGGAGGAGGACCUGGACCAGGCCCCUGACGAGCAGAUGGGGGAGGAGGAGGAAGAGAGGGAGGAAGAGCAGCCCGAUGAGAACGCCUUGGAUCGACAGAGACGGCAGCCACAGCUGGACAACCACGUGGAGCUGCAUCAGGAGGCCCAGCUGCAGCAGCAGGCACCGGCCCAGCUGCAGCACCCGAAGUCGGCCUACGAGCAGCAGCUGGAGCAGCAGCGCCUAGAGGCCAAGAUGGCCGAAGAGCGCAGGCAGAUCCAGAUGCGACAGGAAGCCCUGCAGGCCCACAGAGAGAGGGUGCUGAAGGAGAGGGAGCAGCGUUUAAAGGAGGAGCGGGAGCGAGAGGAGCAGCAACACAGGGAGGCCGACAGAAAAGAGCAGCUGCUGAGGGAGGAGCACCAAAGGAAAAAGGCUGAGUAUGAGAACGAGGAUGAAGAUGUUCAAAGAGAAGAGGACCAUCACACUGCUAACGAAGAAGAAAGAGACGUUCACAUGUUGCACGAGGAGGAAGAGGAGGAGAAGCAACCAGAUCAUGGAGCACCGCCACAUCAGGGUGGCGUGGACGGAGAGGUGGACCCCGAAGACGACCCCAAUAACCAGGGAGAGGAUGAGUUUGAGGAGGCUGAGGAAGAGCAACCGGCUCACCGGGCUGCUGAGGAGGAAGAAGAGGGGGUAGACGAGGAAGAGGAGCCAGCUGCUCCUGGCCAGCACAUAGAGUCUCACCCGGGCCCGGGGCAACCUGCUGUGGAGGAGGAGCUGGUGAUGGCCGGGAACCCAGACCAACAGGAGGACACACUAGACGACCAGUAUCAGGAAGAAGAUGAGGCCCAGGAGGAUGUGGCUGGUGGAAAUAAAAGAGAGGAAGAGGAAGAGGGGGUUGAAGAAGAAGGGGAGGACCCAUAUAAUGAGGAAAACGCGGAGCAGGAGGAUGCAAAAAACCAGGAUGGACAAAGGAAGGAGGGGAACCACCAGAACAGAGGAAACGAGGACGAGAAUUAUGAGGAAGAAGAGGAGGUAGAGGAGGACACGGCGCGGCGAGAUAAGGGAACCAAUCGAAGAGCAGAAAUGUAGGCUGAGCAGCUGCGGUGCUUUUUUUUUUUUUUUUUUGGCUGCUUUGUACGGCCAAUCAUAAAUAAAAACCAGCCAUCCGUUCAGAAUUUCUCUUUUGGAAAAUCUGGGAGUCGUGCCAGGAACAUAGGGAUCCAUAAACUGAACACUGUGGAAAUGGACACAACUUUAAACGCUAAGUUGCCUAUAUGAUUGUGUACUUUUUACUUGUUACCCGUUUUCACGCGCCUCUGGUUCAGAGAAUGUAAUUUUUUUUUUAUAUUUGCGCUAUGUUUAUGUGUGUCGACAGAAAGGAGAAAGAGAGAAAUGUUAUUCUAAUAUUGUCAGAGCCCUUUUGUACAUUUUAUGCAGGCAGUUGUAUUUUUGCUAAGCUUAGAUGUUCAUUUAUGUCGUACAUUCCAACGAGUCAGGACAUUUUAUUAUUUAUUGCCGAUAGUAAUAACUGACAAUCAUAAAAUGGUGCAACAUUUUCAACCAUUCAUGCCUCUGCUGGAGGAAGACUGACAUUAAGGCUUUAACCAGCUUCCAGAAAGGUGACUGGGUAUUUCUGUAAAACGCCACUCAAAGAGACAUUUCUGGUGAAGCCGCCAAGUGUCACGCUGCCACGUGCCUUUCCGUUCUUGGAGCCCUCUCGUCCAUCCUAGUCGUUUUUAACAUUUAGGAAGUCAUUUGGAUACGAAAGAGAAGAUGCAAGCAACAAUUUGAGCUUAGAUUUAUUUCAGGUCAGCUGCUGCUGUGAAUAAAAUUCACAAUAAUGUAUAAAAAAACCUUUUAUUUUGUUGUUGUAAAUUUGUACACCUGUUAUAUUUGAUACAAAAACAAAGGGAUUUUUGAUAGUAUUAAAAUCUUGUUUGUCAUCUUGAUGGUAUGUGGAAUAAAGAGGUUUUAAGUAUUAA